GGUGGGAGCCAGUGCAUCACUUUAGGAAGCGAUGGGCGGGGGGUCGUCCCCGUCCCUGCUGUCAUCCUUGUACCUACUAGUGGCAUCCUCAGGCUCACCGACAUCCAGACUUGAGGGCUACUCAGGGACAACGGGUAAAGAGCCAAGCCCACCAGCUAGCGAGACCUCCACAACCGUCGGCGAAUGGCUGAAUGCACCUGUUGUGAAAAAGAUGGAGCGUCUGGCCAGCUCGCGGCCUCCUGCGUGACGUCUCCACGGCUCGGCGAAGAGGCCGCGCCAGGAGGCCGCCCAUAAACAAGAUGGCGGCGAGUAGCUUCGUCCCCUCCCCCCUGCCCCUGCGGAGCGGGGCGGGCGGGCCCCGUGCGCUUGCCGCCGCCGCCGCCGCCGCCGCUGCCGCCGCCGCCGCCGCCGUCGCCGCCAUUUUCCCAGAGCGAGAAGCAGUGACACUGAGCGGGCACAGGGGGCCGAGUCGGAGAUCGAGCCUGAGGUCGGGAGCGGCAGCAGAGGGGGCAUAGUCACUCGGAGCAGCCUCGCCGUCUCCUCAGCAUUCCUGCCGCGGUCCGCAGCGCCCGACUCCUCGCUUCCCAGGGAAGACACUAGGCGCUGCUGCCUGGGGAGGGGGUGUGGAGCCGCUUCUAAUCCGCAGUGGCUGUCGUCGGGGGUCGUCCGAGCGUGGAGGUGUGGAGAGACUCGUCGGGGGUCGAGCCGAUAACAGGGUUCGGGUGUCUGGUGUGUGAACAUCACAGGUCUAUUCUGGAUAGCAGGUUUUGUGAAGACAUUUAUUCUUUCUUGGACCUCUGAUUUCCCAGACAUCUCAUGGGUUUGUGGAUGCACUUAGAUGUUUGCAAUGAGCACUGUGGCUGGCAUGCCCCAGUAUUUUGGAUACCAAUGCAUAGGACUCCAUAGUAAUCGAAUUUACCAGAGGCGAACGUCAUGAGCAUAGCAAUCCCGUUGGGGGUUGAUACAACAGAAACAUCAUACUUGGAAAUGGCUGCAGGCUCAGAACCAGAAUCCGUAGAAGCUAGCCCUGUGGUAGUUGAAAAAUCCAACAGUUAUCCCCACCAGUUAUAUACCAGCAGCUCCCAUCAUUCACACAGUUAUAUUGGUUUGCCCUAUGCGGACCAUAAUUAUGGUGCUCGUCCUCCUCCAACACCUCCAGCUUCCCCUCCUCCAUCAGGUCUCAUUAGCAAAAACGAAGUAGGCAUAUUUACCACUCCUAACUUUGAUGAAACUUCCAGUGCCACUACAAUCAGCACAUCUGAAGACGGAAGUUAUGGUACUGAUGUAACCAGGUGCAUAUGUGGUUUUACACAUGAUGAUGGAUACAUGAUCUGUUGUGACAAAUGCAGUGUUUGGCAACAUAUUGACUGCAUGGGGAUUGACCGGCAGCACAUCCCAGACACAUACCUAUGUGAACGCUGUCAGCCCAGGAAUUUGGAUAAAGAGAGGGCGGUGCUACUACAACGCCAGAAAAGAGAAAAUAUGUCAGAUGGUGACACCAGUGCAACCGAAAGUGGCGAUGAAGUCCCUGUGGAGUUAUACACUGCGUUUCAGCAUACUCCAACGUCAAUCACUCUAACUGCUUCCAGAGUUCCCAAGGUUACUGACAAAAGAAGGAAAAAAAGUGGGGAGAAAGAACAGAACUUUUCAAAAUGUAAAAAAGCAUUUCGUGAAGGAUCUAGGAAAUCAUCAAGAGUUAAGGGUUCAGCACCAGAAAUUGAUCCUUCAUCUGAUGGUUCAAAUUUUGUAUGGGAGACGAAAAUCAAAGCAUGGAUGGAUCGAUACGAAGAGGCGAAUAAUAACCAGUACAGUGAGGGUGUUCAGCGGGAGGCACAAAGACUAGCCCAGAGACUAGGCAGCGGGAAUGAUAACAGAGACACGGAUAAGUCAGAACUGAGCACCAACAACUCACUCUUCAAACCUCCAGUAGAGAGCCAUAUACAAAAGAAUAAAAAAAUUCUGAAAUCUGCCAAAGAUUUGCCUCCUGACGCACUUAUCAUUGAAUACAGAGGGAAAUUUAUGCUGAGAGAACAGUUUGAAGCAAAUGGAUAUUUCUUUAAAAGGCCAUACCCUUUUGUUUUAUUCUACUCUAAGUUUCAUGGGCUAGAAAUGUGUGUUGAUGCGAGGACUUUUGGGAAUGAGGCUCGAUUCAUCAGGCGUUCUUGUACACCCAAUGCAGAGGUGAGGCAUGAAAUUGAAGAUGGAACCAUACAUCUCUACAUUUAUUCUAUACAAAGUAUUACAAAAGGGACUGAAAUUACUAUUGCCUUUGAUUUUGACUAUGGGAAUUGUAAAUACAAGGUGGACUGUGCAUGCCUCAAGGAAAAUCCGGAGUGCCCUGUUCUAAAACGGAGCUCGGAAUCCACAGAAAAUAUCAACAGUGGUUAUGAGACCAGAAGGAAAAAAGGAAAAAAAGAGAAAGAUAUUUCAAAAGAAAAAGAUAUACAAAAUCAGAAUAUUACUUUGGAUUGUGAAGGAACAAAUAACAAAAUAAAGAGUCCAGAAACAAAACAGAGAAAGCUUUCUCCACUGAGACUGUCAGUAUCAAAUAAUCAGGAACCAGAUUUUAUUGAUGAUAUGGAAGAAAAAACUCCUAUUAGCAAUGAAGUAGAAAUGGAAUCCGAGGAGCAGAUUGCAGAAAGAAAAAGGAAGAUGACAAGAGAAGAAAGGAAAAUGGAAGCCAUUUUGCAAGCUUUUGCCAGACUUGAAAAAAGAGAGAAAAGACGAGAACAAGCUUUGGAAAGGAUCAGCACAGCCAAGACAGAAGUUAAGUCUGAAUGUAAAGAAUCACAGAUUAUCACUGAUGCUGAAGUUAUCCAGGAACAAGUAAAAGAAGAAGCUGCCAUCAAGCCAGCCCCUGCCAAAGUUAAUAGAACGAAGCAAAGAAAAAGCUUUUCUCGCAGUAGGACUCACAUUGGACAGCAGCGUCGGAGACACAGAACCAUCAGCAUGUGUUCAGACAUACAGCCAUCUUCUCCUGACAUUGAAGUUACGUCACAACAGAAUGACAUUGAAAACACUGUACUUGCUGUAGAGCCAGAAACCGACACUGCAGUAGCAGAGAUAAUUACUGAAGCGGAAAUUACAGCACUUAGUAAAUGUCCCACAAAGUACCCCAAAACAAAGAAGCACUUGGUCAAUGAAUGGUUAAGUGAGAAGAAUGAGAAGACAGGAAAACCUUCAGACAGCCUUUCAGAAAGGCCUCUGCGCAUAACUACAGAUCCAGAGGUGUUAGCUACACAGCUCAAUUCUUUGCCAGGUCUCACUUACAGCCCCCAUGUAUACUCUACUCCUAAGCAUUAUAUUAGAUUUACAUCACCAUUCCUUUCGGAAAAAAAGAGAAGAAAAGAAACUACUGAAAACAUUUCUGGCUCAUGCAAAAAGCGAUGGUUGAAACAAGCCCUAGAAGAAGAAAACUCAACCAUUUUACAUAGAUAUCAUUCACCUUGUCAGGAAGGAUCCAGAAGUCCCACAGUUAAUGGUGAAAAUAAAAGCCCACUUCUGAUAAAUGACAGCUGUUCCCUCCCAGAUUUAACUACACCACUAAAAAAAAGACGACUUUAUCAACUGCUAGAUUCUGCUUACUCAGAAAGCUCCACCCCUACUCCUUCACCAUAUGCUACACCAACUCACACAGAUAUCACUCCUAUGGACCCAGCAUUUGCCACUCCUCCACGGAUCAAAUCAGAUGAUGAAGCUUACAGGAAUGGUUAUAAACCCAUAUACUCACCAGUGACCCCAGUAACCCCUGGCACUCCAGGAAACACUAUGCACUUUGAGAAUAUUUCUUCCCCAGAAAGUUCUCCAGAAAUAAAGAGACGCACUUACAGUCAAGAGGGAUAUGACCGAUCUUCAACCAUGCUAACGUUAGGGCCUUUUAGAAAUUCCAAUUUAACCGAACUGGGCCUUCAAGAAAUAAAGACUAUUGGUUAUACCAGCCCUAGGAGUAGGACUGAAAUCAACAGGCCUUGUCCAGGGGAAAAAGAAUCUGUGUCAGACCUUCAACUGGGACUCGAUACAGUCGAGCCACCUGCCUUACAGAAAACCAUGGAAAUACCAGCCCAUGACAGGCCUGAGCCCAACAGCCAACUGGACUCAACCCACUCUGGACGAGGUACAAUGUAUUCUUCCUGGGUAAAGAGCCCUGACAGGACAGGAGUUAACUUCUCAGUCAACUCCAAUCUGAGGGACUUGACACCCUCACAUCAGCUGGAGAUUGGAGGAGGUUUCCGAAUAAGUGAGUCAAAGUGCCUGACACAGGAUGACACUAGAGGCAUGUUUAUGGAAACAGCUGUCUUUUGUACUUCUGAAGAUGGGCUUGUCUCUGGUUUCGGACGGACUGUUAAUGACAAUUUGAUCGACGGGAGUUGCACACCCCAGAAUCCACCACAAAAGAAAAAGGUUUCUCUAUUAGAAUACCGUAAAAGACAACGAGAAGCUAGGAAAAGUGGUUCUAAGGCAGAAAACUUUGCUUUGAUUAGUAUAUCACCUCACACAAGUGGGAACCUGAGCAACAGUGGCGAUGGAUGUGUCCAUGGCAGUGAAAAUGGGGAGCAGGUAGAAAACCCGUCGAUCUUGCCUUUACCACCGCCAACUGCCACUUACAAUAAUACCUCUUGUGAAGAGGGAACCAGUAAUUGUCCUGUAAAAGACGCCAAUGCCAGUGAGAAGAAAGACCCAGAAGUUCAGUGGACUGCAUCCACUUCAGUGGAACAAGUGAGAGAAAGGAGUUAUCAGCGAGCAUUACUGCUUAGUGACCACCGCAGAGAUAAAGACAGUGGGGGAGAAUCACCAUGUGUCUCAUGUUCACCGAGUCAUGUUCAGUCUUCACCUUCAUCUCAUUCAAAUCACAUUCCCCAGGUGCACGCUAAGAGCCUAGUCCCUUCUUUGAGUGAACUUAUAGCAGAGCCUGAUCCUGAAAAUCCAGAACCCACAACUACAAGUGAAUGUCCAUCCCCUGAUACUUCUCAGAGCCCCUCAAAAAUGAGCAAGCCUGGUUCACCUGGACCGAUAAAUCCUGCUCAGUCACAUGGGAAAAUACUCACAAAACCAGAUUCCCACUGGGAGGCAAUGGCCACUGUAUCAGAAGCUGAGAGCAGUGCUGCUCAUGUGAAAACAGAGCUCCAGCAGAAGCAGCUGCCAAAUGUCACCCCAGCCCUUCCAAAGAGCCAUCCUCCUCAGGCCCAGGCUCGCAAUGCAAAUGAGCAACUUCCACAAAAGCUGCCUUCUGCAUCAGCAAAGUUGCACUGUCCUCCAUCACCUCACACAGAAAACCCUCCCAAGUCCUCCAUGUCUCACACAACUGUACAGCAUGGUUACCUCUCACCAAAGCCUCCUCCACAGCAGUUAGGAUCUCCCUUCAGGCCUCACCACUCACAGUCACCUCAAGUUGGAACUCCUCAGCGAGAGACUCAGAGAAAUUUCUAUCCUGCAGCACAAAACCUUCAAGCCAAUACUCAGCAGGCAACUUCUGGAGCGUUAUUUACACAGACACCCUCAGGACAAUCUUCAGCAACAUACAGUCAGUUUAACCAACAAAGUCUCAACAGCACGGUACCACCCCCUCCACCCCCUCCGCCUCCUUCAUCAUACUAUCAAAACCAGCAGCCCUCUGCAAACUUUCAGAAUUAUAAUCAGCUAAAAGGUAGUCUUUCCCAACAAACUGUGUUUACAUCUGGACCAAAUCAAGCACUUCCUGGCACCGCAAGCCAAUCAGUUCCAGGACACCACCUUACUCCAGGGCAUUUUCUGCCAUCUCAGAAUCCUACCAUUCACCAUCAAACUGCUGCUGCUGUGGUCCCACCCCCGCCUCCACCACCACCUGCUCCAGGACCACACCUCAUACAACAGCCAAACUCCCAUCAGCAGCACUCUGUAGCACAUGUAGUAGGGCCAGUUCAUGCUGUCACUCCUGGGUCACACAUUCACUCUCAAACUACUGGACACCAUUUACCACCACCUCCUCCACCUCCUGGUCCUGCCCCACAUCACCAUCCACCACCCCAUCCUUCCACAGGACUGCAAAGUCUACAAGCACAACACCAGCAUGUGGUAAACUCAGCACCACCACCACCACCCCCUCCUCCUCCUCCUCCUCCUCCUCCAGCCAGUGUUCUGGUUUCUGGGCAUCAUUCAACAUCAGGUCAAGCCUUACACCACCCACCUCAAGGACCUCCACUUUUUCCUCCAAGUGCUCAUCCAGCUGUACCACCGUAUCCCUCACAAGCCACACAUCAUACCACUUUGGGACCGGGACCCCAACACCAGCCUUCUGGAACAGGGCCACACUGUCCAUUACCAGUUGCAGGUCCUCAUCAUCAGCCCCAAGGACCUAACAGUAUUCCAACACCUACUGCUUCAGGGUUCUGUCCUCAUCCUCAUCCUGGCUCUGUGGCCCUGCCACAUGGGGUGCAAGGACCUCAGCAGGCAUCUCCAGUGCCUGGACAGAUUCCAAUUCACAGAGCACAGGUGCCACCAACAUUUCAAAACAAUUACCACGGUUCAGGGUGGCAUUAAAAUGGACUCUUAAUAACAUUUUUUUAAAUGUUCUGUAAGAUAAACUGUAUAUUUCAUAUGUACCUAUUAAGGUACUUUUUAAAGCUUGUACAUGAAACUUUGUAUAAAAACAAAAAACAAACAAACAAACAAAAAAACACCAGUGCUCUUUCAUUGUAUUUUUCCCAUUUUUGCUUUUAAAAUUCCUUAAGAAAUGUGCUCUUAAGCCAGUCAUAGGCAUCUUUAUUUUGUAAGUGAACAUUCCAGCUGUUUUUUUUGGCUGUAGAUCUGAUACUACAUGACCUUUAAAUUUUAUUGUUGCAGUUAAAUUCAUUUAGUGAAUCUUUUCUAUAUUAUUUUAUACAUAUGCAUUAAGUAAGGAAAGCACUAUCAGGAUUUUCUUUUUUAUGGUCAGCAGUUCUGUGAGUGCAUCUUAGGUCUGAAAAUGCAAUACAGCUUUUUAUAAUUUGGUGUGGACAUGGCUCAUUUUGUUUUAUCAAUUUUUUGCAAGCAAAAUGUAAUUUAAUGUAUAGAUAAUUUCUAGUGACUCCUGACAGACUGUAAAUACUGCAUUUCUUUGCGUAUAUAAUUGCUUCCAGCCCUUUUCAUUUGGUAUAUAGCAUUGUACAUAUGGCAAGUCUUUUGCAAAAGUGUGAUCUCUGUGAAAGUAGUACAGUACAUGACCUUUCCUUUUUAUUUCAAAUAUGAUGUCACACUGAAGCACUGGUUGGGCAUUUUAAUUCAUGUUAAUAAAUCACAAUUAUGUCAGUUUUACUAAAUUGUUCCGUACAACUUCUGAGAUUGAGGUCUGCUUAAUGAUUUUACAAAAUUAACGAUUUUCAAAUAUAAUUUGUAAGGAAAGAACCUUCCAUCUUCUUUAAUAAAUACUACCUCAGCUACAUGGCAGGUUACCCGCAGUGAGUGUGGGUGGUUCUCACACUGCCUUUUCUAUGAGUCAUUAACUAACACCUAACAUCACAGAAUUACAAAAUUAAUCCACAUUAUUAAUACAUUACACACUAAGCAGUUACACACCGCAGUCUACCAGGUUUGAAAAGGAGUAAUUUACCCUAAAACACAGAUUUAAUUUGCACACUUUAGAAUAUCACUGUAAUGCCCUACUAAUAAAACUGAUACAGAAAUUUAAUGUUUAAUAAAUAUCUAGCUUUAGGGCUUUUUAAAGUUGUACAAAAUAGAUUUCUUUAAACAGAACAAAGGGGAAAGGCAUUCUGAAAUAUCUCAAAUAAAGGGGGCCUCUGAAUAUUUUACUACUGAAAGAAAAAUA